AUGCCCGCGCUGAGCCUCAGAUCCCGCGAUGAUGCCACCGAGCUGACUACACCGUCCUUCAUCGUAAAGCUGCAAGCAACAGUCGACAAGCGCGCGCUCGCGGCAAUACCAACGUACGACCACUCCCAUGGUACGACCCUCUCUUUGACGCUGUACGCGCUCUCCUUCCCUACCCAUUCCAUGCUUAACAUCACUCUCUACAGGUCCACCCCACGUGCAUUUACAUUCCCUAGUGCAGCAGACAACACCAUAUCGAACGGAAGCAGUGGACCGCCACUUACCCCUCUUGAGCUGAGUCCGUCCAUACGUUCCACUUCGCCUUCUCUGUUCGAGCUGCCUGAAUCAACUCGUUCAACGCUCCGGAUCUCAACCUGUAUGCACUACUCACACUCACUGCACGCUGUCACGCCUCAACCUCCACAACCCGCUCGACCUCAUCCCACACACACACGCAAUUUGACUCACAGGUCCCGAGUGACGACCAACCGUAGUGACAAAGACUACAUCAAACGGCCUGAGGAUGCGUUCAUCCUUUUCCGACACAAAUUCUACUCACGAAAGAACAAGGCAGAGGCUGCUGGUGGUGCAGAGGUUAGGACUGUAGAAAUAAUGUAUCAUUUAUUAUUUUGUAUUAAAUAA